CCAUGGAGAUGGGCGAGGGCCGCCCGGGGGUGGCGGCGACGCUGCGGGCGCUGAACGAGGCCCUUGGGCGGCCCGCCGCGCUCUGGGUGAAGGAGAGCGGCGCCCGCAACCUGCGCCACCGGGAUUUCUUGGCGCCGCGGGCCGCGCUGAGCGCCGCCUUUCCCGGCGGGCAGGUGCCCCCCGAGGCCGUGUCGGCGGUGUCGUCGCUGCGGGGCCCAGCAGUGCUGCCGCUGCGGGUUUGCCGGCAGACGGCGGCGGGACUAGAGGUGCAGGUGCGGCGCCCUGAGGCCUUCCAGCGCCUGCUGGGUCCUCUGCCGGGCCCGGCCCCCACCGCGGCGGGGACGCGGACGGGCUGUGUGGUGCUGCACUGCCCGGCCCUGCGCAGCCCCGCCGCUCUGCAGCCCCGCCACCUGCGCUCCGUCCUUCUGGCCGACCACCUGGCCCAGCUGCUGCGUGCCCAGGGGGUGGACGUCCGCCUGGUCCCUGCCCUCAGCGAGGAGAGGAGCUGGGAUGUCCUGCGGCAGCUCCGCAUCCAGUGGCCCUCUGACUGCGGUGGCUCGUCCCUCACUGACACCGUCUCGGCCUUGAAAGCAGUGCUGGGCCGGUGCCCCUGUGCCGCAGCCUGUGAGCAGGGGCUGGGCACAGCCGAGGCUGUCAUCUGUAAGGUGCACCUGAAAAGUUUCAUGGAGCAGCAGGGCUUGUUGGGCUACGACCCCAAUCUAGAUGUGCUUCUUGUGACAGAGGGGACACUCCGGUCCUUGGCUGAGCUGCAGGAAGCUGUUUUGCAGUGCCCAGCCAAAGGCCAGAGCAGUUGCUGCAGCAUUGUGCAUGUGGUGAACUGUGAGGAGGAAUUCCAGCAGCAGCAGCUGGAUGUGCUCUGGAGGAUUUUGGAUCUGGGAGCCCACACAGCUUUGCAGAAACACCUUGUCUGUGGGCCAGUGAAGGUGACCAACCCCUCAUCGCCCAUUGGGGCUGACCAGUACUUCCAGCUCCGAAAGCGCCAGAUGUAUGAAGCCUCUGUGAUAAAGUAUGGGGAGCUUGCUCAAGAUGAGGCCUGGACAGAGGUGAUUGAUGCCUUGACAGUGGCUGCCAUCAAGUUUGAGAUGCUGAGCACUGCUCACCGGAGUCAGAUCACCCUGGACCUGGAGAACAACAGCAUCUCCACAAAGGGAACGAAGAGCGGUGCCUUUGUAAUGUACAACUGUGCCCGACUGGCCACGCUCUUCAACGCCUUCCAGCGGGCUGUGGAGCAGGGCACUUAUCCACCUCUGCCACCAGUGUCUGAACUGAACUUCUCCUGCCUCCGAGAAGAGGGCGAAUGGCUCCUGCUCUUCAAUUAUCUCCUGCCCUUCCCUGAAGUCCUGCAGCAGGCAGCACAGCUGCCCCCACCCUCCAAGGGGAUCCGGAUCACUGCCAGCACAGAGACAGUGUGCAAAUUCCUGAUCCAGCUCAGCAUGGAUUUCAGCUCCUAUUACAACCGGGUGCACAUCCUGGGGGAGCCGUUCCCUCAUCUCUUUGAUCAGAUGUUUGCCCGCCUCCAGCUGCUGGGAGCAGUGAGGGAUGUGUUCCACAGCGCACUGGCAACCCUGCACCUCCCUCCUCUCAGCCAGAUCUGAGCCACCCCUGAAGAGCUGUACCCUGGUGUGAGUCACCUACACACCACAUGCUGUGGGGGGAGAACAGGGACCAUGCUCCUGGCAGGGCGAGGGGCUGCCCCCGUGGCAGGAAAGGUACAGUUCAACCCCACACCUGGCCCAAGGUGUUUGGGGAUUGGUCUGUGCUCUCUGCAGCUGUGCCUAGUGUGGGACAUGGAUGCCCCUCCACAUCCACACCAGCAGAAGAGAAAAGGGCUCCUGUGGCACCCCAGGAGCUGGGCUGGGAGUACUGGGGAGGUGGCACCAGGGACCAGUCCCCACAAAGCCAGACAGAUGCCAACUUCACUUCCCUCAAAAGUUUAUUGAAGGGUGCUCCUUGCUGGCAGGGAGCUCCUGAGGCUCCAGGCUCCUGUUGGGCGGUGAGCCAGGUCCCAGUACUGGGGUCUAAUACAUUUGUUGCUGGACAAA